AUUUUGUUACAGGACGUAUCGUACGCAAAUUUGUUCGCUUUGUAAGUGGCAUGCAUGUAAAAUUCUCACGAGCAGGUGAAGACGGGGAGAGAGGGGAGGGAGAGAGGUAUGCUUCGGUUCUUCAUCUCGAGGGCGGCCGGAAGGCAGGGACCACUCUGCACUCUCCGUCACCAGCGAUGGAUGCACGAGAGGAACAAGAAGGCGAUGGGAUUCGUAGCUAAGGGUUGGAGUGCCCUCCAAGAAGUCGACAGAGUGAUCGACUACGCCGACCUCAACGAUCCCCGUCUUAUACCUCUACUCAGGACUGCGAAGGAUAACUUUGAGCUGGCUUUGGAGGUUGACAAUAUGAAUACUCAUGCGAGGUAUUGGUUGAGCAGGAUGCACUUCAAAUAUCAUGUUCCUGGUGCUUGCAAACUCAUAGGAGUAUCUCUACUUGUGGAAGCUGCAAAUAUGGGCGAUGCAGAUGCACAAUAUGAGCUUGGUUGUCGUCUUCGGGUUGAUAAUAAGUAUGUUAAGUCAGAUCAGCAGGCUUUCUAUUAUAUAGAGGAAGCAGUUGAGCAGCUUCAUCCAGGGGCUUUAUAUCUUCUUGGUGCUGUUUAUUUGACUGGAGAUUGUGUCAAGAGAGAUGUUGCUUCGGCAAUGUGGUGCUUCCACAGAGCAUCUGAGAAGGAGAACAAGUGCUCAUUUGAAGCAAAUAAACAAAUUGGACGAGAGAACGAGAGUAGAAACCACAGGAGAAGAAGAAAGAGCGGAAAGAGCAGUCAAGUGUUUCUCUUAUUGAAUGUUUGGCGUAGGGCAACAAGACUCAAGAAUGGGAAGAAGAAAAAGAGAAAGAAUGAGAGGUUGAGUUGAGGUACUUCGCUUGUGAUUAGCAGCGGAACGUCUUUACAAUGUCGAAAGGCUUCGAUUUCCCAGGAGAGAGAAGCCUAGCGUGAUCAAAGAAGAUGAAAGACGCAAUUGAGCGGCUUGCGGCUUUGGCGUGAAGGUGAAAGAGAGGGAUGUCGCGUGUUAGCUUUGUGCAAGAGGAGGCGUCAUCGAGCAGGUGAGGGUGAUGAAAUAUUAGGGCAGUGAAGAUCUUCCAUGUUCGAUAGAAAAAAAAGGAAGGAGAAGGAAAACAUGUGGGUGGCACCGUUGACUUAUGAGUUAUGUGCAAAGGAAGGAGGCAAGUCGAUCUGAGUUCUAGCAUGUGGGAGAAAGGGAAGCCAAAUUUGAGCAUACUCUGUGUGUGGAUGAAGAAAGAGGAGACUUCUGUGUGCAAACAUUGAGGAGUUGAACAACAAGGAAAGGUUAAGGUGAGUUAUAAUUUAACAUGUUACGUAUGAAUUUAAUGUAUAUGUUUAAUUAUUAAAAUAUUAAUAGUAGGUUUAAUUAAAUCAGAAUUUUGAUAAUAUAAUUGGGAGAGGUGAUGGAGGAAGUAGCAACCAAAUAAAUUUAAUUGUGGUAAGUUCUACUUAUAUUUCUUUUAAUUUAAAAGAUA